AUGUCUGAGCGAUCAGCAGUUGUUGUUGCUCGAAUUGAAGAACACUCUUAUAUUCGAUUCUACUUUGUCCACAAAACUUGCUCGGUGGAACCAAAGUGUCGAUUGCAGUUCUUGGGAAGGCUUCCAGAAUUUUUUGCAGAUUUCAAAAAUUUGACAUCCUUGGAUUUCAGUUAUUGUUACUUGAAUGGAAAAUUUCCUGAAAAGAUCUUCCAGGUUCCAACGCUACAAACGCUUAAGUUGUCGUAUAACCCUCAACUUGAAGUUUCUUUUCCAGAAUUUCUCCCAAAUGAAUCUCUUCGACACACGGACCUUGGCUAUACAAAUUUUUCUGGGUCAUUACCACCUUCUCUCGAUAACCUUAAAAUGUUGUCAACAUUAUAUCUUGACGGAUGCAAUGUCAACGGACCAAUUCCAACCUCAAUUGCGAGCCUCACACAAUUGGCCUAUUUGGACUUGUCAUACAACAAUUUCAACGGAUCAAUUCCAGACUCAAUUGCCAACCUCACACAAUUGGCCUAUUUGGACUUGUCAAACAACAAUUUCAAUGGAUCAAUUCCAAAUUUCGGGAUGGUCAAGAAUCUGACUUCCUUACGGCUUGAUAAUAAUCAUCUAUCUGGUCAAAUUAAUUCCACUCAGUGGGAAGAACUUUUGAAUCUGGAAUCUCUUGACUUGAGCGGCAAUUCAUUGAAUGGGAAUAUUCCAAUUUCUCUAUUUUCCCUUCCAUCAUGGCAAGAGUUAGAUCUUUCGCACAACCAAUUUUCUGGCUCCCUGAACCUUACUGUGAUUCAAAAGUUUAAAAGGCCUUCAAAGCUUGAUCUUUCAUACAACAACUUGUUGGUUGAACUUAAUGGUUUUAACAUUUCGUUAACCUCAUUCCCCCAAUUUUACCACUUAGGGUUGGCUUCUUGCAAGUUGAAAGUAUUUCCUGAUUUCUUGAGAAACCAAUCCAGUUUAUAUUAUCUAGACCUUUCAAACAACCAGAUCUAUGGAGAGAUACCAGCAAGCAUCAGUCAAUCCCUUGCCAACACUAUAUUCUUGUAUCUUUCAAGUAAUAAAUUAUAUGGGAGCAUCCCUAGAUCAAUAUGCAAAGCUACAAAUCUUCAACUUCUAGAUCUGUCUAAUAAUUCCUUCAGUGGCACAAUUCCCCAAUGCUUGAUUAAGAUGAGCCGUACACUUGGGGUGCUGAAUCUAAGGAUAAACAACCUCAAUGGCACAAUUCCAGAUGCAUUUCCAGAUAAUUGUGGUUUACAAACUUUAUAUCUCAAUAAAAACCAACUAGAAGGGGGGCUACCAAAAUCUUUGGCCAAUUGCAUUGGGUUGGAGGUCUUGGACAUUGGGAACAACCACAUCGAGGAUACCUUCCCAUUUUACUUGAAGAACACAUCGAUGUUGAGGGUUCUUGUUUUGCGAUCUAACAAAUUUUACGGGCCCAUUACUCAUCCAGAGCCUAAUGCCACCUGGCUGACGCUUCAAGUUAUAGACGUGGCUUCAAACAAUUUUAUUGGUCACCUUCCAAUAAUACUUCUUUCGACUUGGAUGACAAUGAUAAAUCGUUCACUUGAGGCCCAAUCAAGGCCAAGUUACCUCGAAACUCCUGUGGCUGGAAUUUAUUAUCGAGAUAUGAUAACAGUUACUAUCAAGGGUUUCAUGGUGGAGUUGAAGAAUAUCCAAGAAAUCUUCACUACUAUUGACUUUUCGUGCAAUGGUUUUGAUGGUCCAAUACCUAAAGAAAUGGGGGAAUUCAAAGUGCUUCAUAUUCUCAACUUGUCGCAUAAUGCUUUCACGGGCCAAAUUCCAUCAUCGUUGGAGAAAAUGAGGAAUCUUGAAGUACUAGACCUGUCAAGCAACAAACUUUUUGGUAAGAUUCCUGUGCAACUUGCCGAUGGUCUUAUUUUCCUUUCUUUUCUCGACCUUUCCUUCAAUCAAUUGGUGGGGCAAAUUCCGUCGACUAAACAAUUUGCUACAUUUUCGGAAACUUCAUACGAAGGGAAUCAAGGAUUAUGUGGCUUUCCUUUGAAAUCACAUUGCACAUAUGGGGAACCACCACGAUUGUCACCUGCAACGUAUGAAAAGAAGCAUUGGAAUUAUGGGACUGUGAUCGAAUGGAAUUAUGUAAGUGUUGAACUGGGAUUUAUUUUUGGCUUUGGAAUUGUCAUUGGGCCACUUAUGUUUUGGAAGAAGUGGAGGAUAUGGUAUUACAGACACGUUGAUAACAUUCUUUUAAGGAUCUUCCCCAAAUUGUAUCUUGGAAAAGAACAUCAUCACAGGCGCAGAUGUGGAAACCAGAGGUCGAGGCACUAG